UAAGCAGGCAAUGUGACAUCGAGACCAACCAUGAGCCGGAGGAGAGACGGCUGGUUGGACACAACCCCGCACGAGUACCGUAAGUCAUGGCACCGGUAAAUUAAUAGAAGCGACAGUUGGCCUAUAGAGGAAAACAGAUCUGUUGAUAUAAACUCAUGAGUAGCUGGCAUUAGCGUGGCUUCGACACUACCAGUCGUCAAGUCGAUGCUCAGCAGUGGUUCAUAUCAUGCCUACCAUAGUCCCGGACCAAGGUGCUCAGGGGAAGUUGCGCCAGAACGAAAUCGAUGGUGGGAUUGAGAAGGAAGAGAAUGAAUUCUCAAUCGCCCCCCUAGGUGAACCGCAAGAGAAUAGGAAAUUCUGGUUCCAGCGACGAAAGGAAUACAACCCUAAUGCGAUCGCCACACAGCCCAGUGUAUAUGACGAUGUCGACAUUAGGGACCAAUACCUACCCCGACCAGAUUGGGAGAACGCACAUCGAUUUGACCCAUCGGCGAGAUGGACUUGGGGCGAAGAACACAAAGUAAUCCGCAAAAUAGAUUGGCGCAUUAUGCUUUGGGUCGCUGUCAUGUUCACUGCCAUGGAAUUAGAUAGGGCAAAUCUGAGCCAAGCAGUGGCUGAUGACUUUCUCGCAGACUUGGGGUUUACCACAAAUGAUUUGAAUCUGGGUAACUCGGUUUAUGCAUUGUCGUUCCUUGCUGGCGAGUUUCCCUCUCAGCUCCUAGCUAAAUGGGUCGGACCGGAUCGGUAUAUUCCUGUCCAGAUCAUCCUAUUCUCGAUUGUUUCAGCUUCGCAAUUCGCUCUUAAUAGCAAGGCCUCCUUCUUAGCCUGCCGCUCCCUUCUAGCACUCUUGCAGGGAGGGUUUAUCCCAGAAUGUGUUUUAUACUUGUCAUACUUUUACAAGCAUCAUGAACUCACGAUCAGACUGAGUUUCUUUUGGACUGGCAUGUUUAUAGCUGAUAUUCUCGCGUCCAUAAUUGCUUUCGGCCUGCUUCACCUGAGAGGAGUUAGGGGAUACGCCGGCUGGAGAUGGCUAUUCUUGAUUGAGGGCCUGAUUACUGGUACAAUCGGUAUCGCAUCAUUUGUGAUGCUACCUCCGGGUCCAACCCAAACAGCAAGUUGGUCCCGAGGUGAAAAAGGGUGGUUCACACCUCGAGAGGAAUCUAUCAUGGUGAACAGAAUAAUCCGAGAUGAUCCAAGCAAAGGAUCAAUGCACAACCGACAGCCUAUCACGCUCAAACUACUUUGGCAGAGUCUGACAGAUGUUGACCUCUGGCCUCUUUAUGCUAUCGGGCUCACUUUCAACAUUCCAACAUUUUCGCCGGGGCAGUACCUAACGCUCUCGCUGAAAGGCUUGGGCUUUACUACAUUCGAAACGAAUCUGCUAUCGAUUCCAUAUCUAGUGUUGAAGAUCAUCAAUAUGAUGCUGCUCUCCAUUUUGGCAGAAGUUACUGGUCAACUUGCUGCAUCCGCCGUGAUAUUCCAAUUCUGGUGUCUUCCCUUCCUGGUUUACUUGCGUGUAGUCGAUACGACGCAUGCGUCAAAAUGGCUGACAUGGGCAAUAAUCUCGCUGCUUCUCGCGGCGCCGCUUGCUCACCCCGUACAAGUCGGCUGGGUAUCGAGGAAUGCUAAUACGGUCCGCUCUCGGGCUAUUGGUGCGGCAUUAUACAACAUGUUCUUGCAAGCCGGCGUAGUAAUCUCAUCCAACAUCUACCGCGCUGACGACGCGCCUCUAUAUCGCCGCGGCAACACCGUCCUCCUGGGAAUAUUGAGCCUCAAUGUGGUGUUAUAUGUAAUCGCCAAGCUUUACUACGUCUGGAGGAAUCGCUUAAGGGCGCAAAAGUGGGAUUCCAUGACGCCAGAGGAAAGGCUAGUGUACCUGUCGGAUCACCAGGACAAGGGAAAUAAGAGGUUGGACUUCAGGUUGGCCUCAUAAUGCGGGAGAACCAUAUCGAGAUCAAGUGCCAAUCAACGCAUCGCUCAUAGAGAAACACAUUGAUUUCAAUUAAAGUCUUAGUUACCAUCAUAGUCUUAGGGUAGUAUCGAGAUUCGGGUGCCAUCGAUGCCGACAUCACGAAGGGCGGAGUUGGUCAAUUGACUCUGUCUCAUUGAAUUACUAUUGUGUCUUAUAUCAGUAGGCCGACAGACUAUGCU